UUCCGGUUGUGGAUUGCAGUGGGCUUGACAGCAAGACUCGGGCUACUCGUAGCAGAAGCACAAAGAGGAGAAAGAGCUGCAGUCAUGGGAGUGAAACUGUACUACACCACUGUUGCUGGAUCGCGCUCGAUAAAAUCGCAGCAGUCGCACAUAACCCGUGUCCUGGAUAGUAAAGGCAUUAAGUAUGAAAUCAUCGAUAUCUCUCAAGGCUCGGAACUUCGGGACGAGAUGAGGAACAAGGCGGGAAAUCCUACUGCUGUACCGCCUCAGAUUUUCAAUGAAGACCAGUACUGCGGAGAUUAUGAAAUGUUUUCAGAUGCAGUUGAAGCAGAUACAGUGGAACAAUUCCUAAAGAUGAAGAACAUUUGAUCACAUAUGACUCUGUACAACCAUGCUUCCUCCUUCCUUUGACUGCACCACUGGCACUGUCCCCUCUCCAUCAGCGCCAUAAUUAAUGCCAAAAAUUUCAGAUGACAUACAUUCCCCCAACUACAACUCAAUGAGAUUAACAUUUAUUUCAGUUCAUUUUUGAUGUUAUCUUAAGGAUUUGUUUAGAUUCCAACAUUCCCCUACAUUCAUUUAAGAUUUUUUUAAAAUUUCUUUUUCCUAACAUUGUGAAUCACUAAACGACAAAGAGAUGUGUGUUUUCCCAGGUAUUACCCAAAACAUCACUGUCAGUCUUAUUAUUUUGUGUUUUAUUGUAGUAGCCUUUUCUGAUAAACUGCACAUUAUGUUCUUACAUUUCAAUUGCACACAACAGUAGCAACUAAUGCACAGUCUUAAUUUCAAGAAAUGGAAGGUUUUAUAGUGACAAUGCUCUGCCCAGUUGAACUCCUUUUGUCGCUCUGGUUUAGUUAGAAUUUAAGCAGAAUAAUGUGUUUUCUUUAUGAAAACGUUAUUAAUUGAUCACUUAAAAAUUUAACUAAAAUAUGGAUUAGUUGACUGUAAAGAGCCACAAUUAGGCCUAAAAAUAAUUUUUAACAAUAAUCUCAUUUCCAUAUUAUAUUUCCUAGGUGCCAAUGUAUAUUUGAUGUUUUCAAUGUAGUAUUAGCACUGUAGUAUUAGCACUAAUCUGCCACUCAAGAAGUUAAUACUUGGCACCAAAGGGUGUGCCGACUGAAUGGAAGCCAAAAACAUUUAAUGUAGAAUAGGCUACAGGUUUAACAAAGAAUCUCUAUCAAGCGUUUAGCUUUGUAGCUUUUUCUCAUCUUUGAAUAUUUCAGUCAUCCGGGCAAUGAAGAUGCAGUAAUGCGACUAUGCACUGAAUCCCUGCCUGAUUGUGAAUACAGACAGAAAACUUGAGUAGAUUGACCUCACUCAUUUCAUGGAACACAUGGUACAUGGGGAAAAUUUUCCACUUACCAUCUGUUAAGUUCAUGAGUUCUCUGGCCUAGCCUCUUUGAUUACACUUAUGUAUUGUUACGGUUCUGGAUUGCUAGCAAUGUCGGCCUUCACCCAACGUUUGUGCAGUGUUUGUAAAUUGAUUGUUGUUAGUGUUUGCUUGUUCCUGAUGUUUAUUCACUAUGAACCAUAAUUAGACAUUCCAUGUCUCUCUCUGAGCUCCUGCAUCUUUUUUGGACCAAUUGCCCUGGCCAAAAACAAAACAAUAGGGAAUAUGCUGUUGUCUUCCAAGAAGAUUGUGAAAAGUGAUUUAUGUGUUUAAACAAUAAAACAAACAAUAGUUCA